AUGUACCAUCCCCCUGACAGACCGCUUAUCGUCAAAUGCACAUUCGACAAAUGGCAUAAACGGAUUACUUUUAGCUCUGCGCGUAAUUGCUCAUAUGAUCUACUUCGAAGAAAGGUAGAACAAUGUUUCUCGCUUUACGCGACGUCGUACCUUGUCUCUUGGAAAGACGACGAUGGAGAAAUCACAUCUAUCACAACGGAUGAAGAUCUUUUGGAGGCCAUCCAGUUCUUCCAAGCUGGGGACGACGCACCGAUGUCAUCCGCCGCCUCUAUACUAUCUGGUAGAAGCUUUGGAGCACGCAAGAUCACUUUGAGGGUCACUAUUACUGUGGAGUAUGAUGGACCCAGUCUUUCUGAUACAUCGUCCUUGGCAAGUUUGGAGGAGUUCAAGGGGAAGAAUGCGAGUCAACAAUCGUUCUCAUUUGGCACACCGACUAUUGAUCUAGACGAUGACUCGGUUACUGUUAGCUCAAGGGAUCCAGGGACGUCUUCAGCGCGCUCAGGGAGGUCAGGGGCGCCUUCUCGAGCCCUUCCACAAAUUCCAAAACAAAAGAGCUUCAUGGGUUCCGAUAAUCCGCAUACAUCGGUGAAGGGAGGUGAUCGCCCAGUAAAUGGUCAAUCCGGCUCCUCGCGAAUUCCAUCGACAUUGAAUCGUACUGAGAGCUCGUUGACACAAGACAUUCAGUUGGAGGCAGCAGAGGAGCGGUAUCCAUUGGAUCCAUCUGCAGUAUUCGAGCGCCUCAAGCUUGCUGAAGACGAUGCUUCCAGUGUAAACUACGACUCGUUGGGUGCAAGCGAACGAGGGGCUGCGUGGUUGCGAGACCAGAAUGAAAGGGUGAUACGCUCCAUGUUGGGGGCCCUCCCAGAACCUUCUGUGUCCGAUGACUUCUCGUUCUCACUAGGUGGCUCACAACCGGAGGAAGAGGAAGAUUCAUUGGGAGGAGAUCUAGCACUACAACGGGAUCCCAGCGGCAAAUAUUACUACACUUAUACAUCUGGAUCGUCUUCACAAUUCCAAGGCUCUGGCGCCGACGACGACGCUCAGAACGGCAACGAAGGGGAUGCAUAUGUGCGAAGCGUCAUGCGUGACAACAGACCUACCUCGAUGCAACUCAAUUGGCUUGCUUCGCAAAGGGUCGAUACAACCAAGAAACUAAGUCGUGGCGAGCGACAUCCCAUGUCUAUAGCCGAAGAGCUUGAAGCGACAAAUGGGUUCCCCCACACCAUAGACAAGGAACUUUUGCCUUUCUUACCCAUUGCUGGUCCGUCACCAGACAUACUCACCGACUGCUCGAACUGCGGGUCGAUCUUGGACGCCAUCAGAUACGUCUGCUCGACUUGCGGCCCAAAAACUGCGGUGGGUGAAAGUACCUCUGAGAAAGGCAAAGACAGGGCGACAGAAUCAUCUCCGAUUACUAUGUACACAUACCCGCCCGUGCAGCCGACACACCCCCUCUUCUCGAGUCCCAAUUCGAGUUCGUCGCAGACCUACGUGGGCAGCUCGGACUAUGAUACCCAGCGAUACAAACCCCUGCCUUCGAUCCCCCCGGCGUCGUCCGUGUAUACGGACAGGACGCGCCUGAAUGUCCCGCCGACGUCGCCCACGGCGGUCAGUUCGCCCGGAUAUGAGUUAUGCUCGGCCUGUCUUGAAUCGGUGGGUAUCUAUCACGCCGUUGAAUCCGGGCUGGCCGCCCCUGGGUCAUCUCCCGUCGUCAGUAAUAUGUCACCGUCGCAUGAUGAUGCACAGAGAGCAUCACAAUGGAGGAGAGCGGCACCGAAAAAGGGACAGCUACGCCAUGCGUUCCAGGAAAAAGUUUGGGGUCAUCUUGGAUGGGAAGACGUUGUUCUGGAUGAGGCGCAAGUGUCGGAGUGCUCGACUUGUAAUGCCGUCACGGAGCACAAGAGGUAUAAAUGUGCCUCCUGUACGAAGAUGCACCUAUGCCGGGCAUGUUAUAGCCAAGUUCACGAAUUACACCCGUCACACGCUUUCCUAAUCGUGCCCGACAAGCCUUUGGAAAAUCUGGAUGGGUCUGAUUUCCCUUCAAUUGAAUUACCUGAUUCUCAUGAGGAACUAUCUCUAACCCACCCUGGUGUCAAAUGUGCACACUGCCUGCUUGAUAUCGUCGGAGCACGGUUCCAUUGUGCAAUAUGUGAUUCUAUAGAUAUUUGCUCCAAUUGCGAAUCAGCUGGUCUGCCUGGCAAUUUAGACUCUGCAGAUGGAGGCCAUAAUUCUUCACAUAUUUUAAUCAAGAUACCUUAUCCGCUGGAAACGGCUGAGCUGCAGAAUGCUAGCCGUAGAGCAUUACACCUAUGGAGAAGAGACGGGCCAAAUGUCGGCCAGUCUUUCCCAGGAUCUAAAGCAGAAUCAGAAAUCUCUUCUUAUGCACAUACAAUGAUCGGUUCUGGGUCACGGGAAUCCUCGCAUAACGACCACCGUUUGUUCUGCAACGGCUGCGGUCAUCUGAUCGUUGGUGUACGGUACCAAUGCGCACACUGCCCAUCACUAACGUCGCCGUACAGUCUCUGCUCCGAAUGUGAAAAACGUUCCUAUAUCAUACAUGACCCGAUGCACAUCUUCUUUAAACUACCCAGACCAGUUCUUCGCCCUAUUCAAUCCGCUUUUCCAAUGCUACCUCCACUAUACAAGAUGCCAGCGGGACCACCACCAAACAUACCUAAAACUAAUGACCCAAGAGCUUAUCUUGCAUCUUUGGUACAUCCCUCUGCGAUUUGUGAUCGCUGCAUGACCUGUAUCGAAGGGGAGUGGUUCCGUUGCGCAUAUUGCGCUCGCGAUCUGUGCGACAACUGCGAAGGGGUGGAUACCCACGAUGAUACCCACGUUUUCCUUGUUCUGAAGGCUCCCGUUGACAUGGCGUUGUUCAAGAACUUCGCCAAUCUUGACAGUCAAGAAGGAAGCCCGCCUGUCCUUGCGCAUCCCGUAUAUCGAUGA